GCUUAUAUUAAAAGGGCAUCCCCCUAAUCCUGAGCCUGGCUUAGAGGAGGUUGAUAGUUCAGAGGAUGUCGGUGAGAUGUGGUACAGUAAUCUUGCAGGUCUGGCAGCUGCUGCUGAAGAAGGCAACGAAGAAAUAAUACUAAUGUCUUCACUGGCCGCUUGUAUUGAGUGUAAGGUUGUAUUCUCUGAUAAUUCUUAUCCCAGUGAUUCUGUUAUUAAACUAACAGUCUAUCUCAGAUCAAAUGCACCCAGUGACUUGCUAAUAAAUAAAAUACAAGUCAUCAUGGAAAACCCAGUAUACAGCAAGUAUUGUGUAACAGUUGGUGAAGUUUGCCUGGAGUCUCAGAAAAUAUCAAAAUUUGAAUAUCAAUUCCCAGCACUUAGUGAAACCAUACAGGUGAUAAUGUGCAAACAAUGAAUCUCAUUAGCUUAAAUUAGGACAACCCGUGAUAGCCUUGUCAUGUUAUAUGCAUUUAUAAGGAGCUCUGCCUGAGAUUGUUUAUUUAAGUUCCUGUCCACAAUAUUUUGUAGAUAAAAAUUUU